AUGGAGCCGACUGUAGCAGUGUUACUGUUGUCCGCCCUUUGCGGCGUCCACUCCGCGUCCAUUCCAUCCAACUCGGACGAGCUGGACAAGUCGGACAGCACGCUGGAAGCACCGCUGGACUACGCGCUGGAUAGCAUACUGGAAAGCAAGUUGGACAGUGAACUUGAUACAGACAAUCUAAAGCAAUCCGUGCUGGAAGGUGUGAAGAAACUUCUGGACUCUAAGCUUUCAUCUUUGGCUAAGAAUGGAGAUCGAAGUGGUUCGGAUGGUAUUCCAAAACAACGACCCUUCAAACCGAAAAGCAGGAUGCGCCCGAUUUUAAAUCGAAAAGACAGGACAAAUCUGGAGUCAAACAGUUCAGAAGAAGAUUCACAGAACUCCGAAUUCGUCAAAAUGUUGAAGACAGACGACCCUAAUCAAGACAUUGGUGAUGAAGAGUUAAGAGAUGCUGUAGAUGAGCUGCUAGAAGGAAACAAAAACAACGAUGACACCUCAUCUUCAGACGAGAGAACACCAUAUCCAGAACAAUUAACAGAUUACAAUAGUGAUGAAAAAAUUAGCAAAGAUUCUUAUGAUGAUAUUACUACACAGGUCAAUAAAAACAAAAUGGAAACACCUACAAGCAGUCGUCAUGAUAAAAACGGCUACAAUGAUGAAAUAAACACACUAACAAACUCAACUGAUAAAAACGUUGGUUUUAGAAGAAAAUUAUUGAAAAAUAACCUUAAACAAUCCAGUAAAAAAGGCAAAGACCUACUCGAUUUCAGUGAAUCAGAAAAACAAGAAGACAGCUAUGAAGAUAUCCUAGAUAAAUUAAUAAAAGAGGAUAUCGAAACGGAAAUUAGUGAAAACAAAAACCAGGAACUAAUUGAUCUCAAAGAAAAACCUAAACGAAAACUUGGCAAACAUCACAAUAAUUAUCGCCGUAUCGGCCGUGAGAAACUCGAGAAAAACUAUAAUGAUAAAUAUGAGCGAAUCUCGAAACCAAAACCUACUGAUUUAACAGUGACUAAUGAUCUUAUUGAUAGUAAAGAAUCCUGGCUGGAUAGUAUAUUAAAAUUUGAUAAAAAAGAGACUCAAAAAGAAACUCAUCACGACAUACCCUUACAAUUAGGAAAACUAGAUGAAGAAAAUCAGAAACAAGCCGAGGAUUAUGACUCACGUUCGUCAAUAUCAAAAGAAAAUAGUUACAAUGAAGAAUUAAAUGAUAACAUCUAUGCCAAUAACUUUGAUGAAAAUAAUGGUAUAGUCAAAGAUAUCGCUUAUGAAGAGAAAGAACAUGACUUCCAGUUGAAAGAUUUUAUAAAUAAUAAAAAGAAAGCAAAUAAGGUUAAACCAGACGAGAAAAAAUAUGACAAACGUAUUCAAGAAGAUAUUAAGUUUAGGAAUGAAGAAUAUUUAACUGCAUCAGAUAAUGAUGUAAAUUCAAGGAGUGAAAGUGUUAUGGGAAAAUAUUUGAAAGAUGGAGAUGAUAUAUUUGAAAACGAAGAUGAUAUAACUGAAAGGGAUAGUGAUGUAACUUAUAUGGACAAAAUUAAUAAUACUGGCAAGAAAAAACAUGUUACGAAAAACAAACUAAACACAGAAGAGGCCCAGGUACUUCCGGCAACCUCCCGCAACGACAGCCAGCAUCAUGAGCAGACUCCGACAGAGGCGAGGACUUCGUGUCAACAGGGGAGCCAGUUUAAGUUCUGGGACAGCAAUUUCCGUAUGCCGUCCCAGAAUUUCGUCUGGUGUCCCCUGUUGUUGUAG